AUGUUUGAAACAACUUUACAUUGUUCAUCUACAGAAGAAAUUUGUUCAAAAGUAAAAGCAACAUUUGAUUCAGCGGGAGAAAUACUUUCUUCAACAAUUAAUUUUGUUGAAAAGAUAAAAGUUAAUGCAACUUUUACACCAUUUUGUGAAAAAGGAUAUUGUGAAGAUGAAGAAAUAUUAGGAUCGGCUGGUCCGAUAAGAUUUCAUCCUAUGAUUGAUGAUGAUGAUAUGGUCAGAUUAUAUCCACAAUCUUUAGUUAAACAAUUUCAAUAUCAUACUCAUUUAGAAUAUUCUCAAUAUGAUAUUGGAGCUAUUUUUAAUAGUGAUGCAAAAUAUUGGUUUGGUGGUGAGAUUAAUAUAGAAAAAAAUCAAUUCGAUUUUUUAUAUAUUAUAUUACAUGAAUUGAUUCAUGGUUUAGGAUUUGGUUCAAGUUGGGAUCAAUAUUAUGUUGGAUUAAUUACUCCACCUAUAAUUAAUAAAUUUAAUGGUGUUAAGAUUAAUGUUGAAUCAAAUAAUAACAAUAAUGAUGAAGAUAAUAAUAAUAAUAAUAAAGAAAAUUCUAUUAAAUUUGUUGAAUGGGCUUUUGAUAAAUAUGUAAUAUUAAUGGAGAAUAAAACAAAAAUAUCUUCAAUUACACAAGAAUUAAAUGAAUUUUUUGAUCAAAAAUCAUUAAAUAAUAUAAAAAUUAAUAAUCAAAGGGAUUUUGAAAUCAAUUUUCAUAAAUCUAAACAAUUUAAUAUUGCUAAACAAAUGUUUGGUUUAGCUCAAACUCCUAAUACUAUUGGAUUUUUAUCAAAAGAAAAAGAUAAUAAUAAUAACAAUAUUAAUAAUUCAAAAGAAAAAAUAGAUAAUAGUAAAGAUGUUGUUAUAUUAGAAACUUCUUUUAAUCCUUUUAGAGUUGCUAGUAGUAUAAGUCAUAUUGAUAAUUCCCUUUAUUCUAAUACUGAAGAUUUUUUAAUGAGACCUGUUAUUAUGAAUGGUGUUACUCUUCAACAAGAGAUUAUUAAUGGUGGUAAUUAUUCCGGUGGGCCUAUUGGUCCUAAACUUAAACAAAUACUUGAAACAUUAGGGUACUCAACAAAAGAUAAUCCGGCUUCAUAUAGGCCAAGGGUUGUUAAUCCUGCAUCAGUUGACAUUUCCAUUGCCGCUCCUUUAUUAAUGGACAAUGUUUAUUUAGAAAUUAUAUUUUCUAUAUUAGUCACACUUACAUUUCAUUUCUUGAUUUAUCAAUGA